AUGUCUAUAAGCAAGAACAGGCUGAUUUUACUACUAGGAGUGAUCUGUUUGGAACAAGGUAAAUCGGCGACUCUUUCUGUUUCCAAAGCUCCCAGUUGUGGGCAAAGUCUUGUUAAGGUAGAGCCUUGGAAUAACUUUAACAUUUUCAGUCGCAUUCUUGGGGGAAGCCAAGUGGAAAAGGGUUCCUAUCCCUGGCAGGUGUCUCUGAAACAAAGACAGAAGCAUAUCUGUGGAGGAACCAUCAUCUCUCCACAGUGGGUGAUCACAGCUGCUCACUGCGUUUCAUACAGUAAUACUGUGUCAACUGUGAAUGUCACUGCUGGAGAACAUGACUUGAGCCAGACAGAGCCAGAAGAGCAGAUCCUCACCAUUGAAUCUGUCAUCCUACACCCACAUUUCUCCAGAAAGAAGCCAAUGGACUAUGAUAUCGCCCUUUUGAAGAUGGCUGGAACCUUCCAAUUUGGCCAGUUUGUGAGGCCCAUGUGUCUUCCAGAGCCGGGGCAGAGAUUUCAGGCUGGAUUUAUUUGUACAACAGCAGGCUGGGGCCGCUUGGGUGAAGAUGGUGUCCUCCCGCAAGUUUUGCAAGAAGUGAACCUGCCAAUUUUGACCCAUAAGGAGUGUAUGGCAGCUCUGUCAUCCCUGAGGAAGUUCGUUAGCGGAAAGACCUUUCUCUGCACAGGCUUCCCAGAAGGAGGGAGGGACGCAUGUCAGGGAGAUUCAGGAGGUUCGCUCAUGUGCCAGAAUAAGAAGGGGACCUGGACUCUGGCUGGUGUGACUUCCUGGGGUUUGGGCUGUGGUCGAGGCUGGAGGAACAAUAUGUAUCAAAGUGAUCCAGGAUCCCCUGGGAUCUUCACAGAUCUCAGUAAAGUGCUUCCCUGGAUCCAUGAACACAUCCAAACUGGGCAUCGAAGAAAGAGCUCUAGAGCCUGGUGCAGUGAGCAGGAUGGCGUAGUCAGACAGCCUGAGGGGCAGCUGCACUUUCCAGAAAGCCUCCAGCUAUAUUACGAGAACAAACAACUGUGUGUCUGGACCCUGUUGGUACCAGAGGAAAUGCACGUAUUGCUCAGUUUUUCUCGCUUGGAUGUCGAGUCUUGUCACCACAAUUACCUGUCGAUAUAUUCUUUAGAAGACAGACUCAUUGGAAAAUAUUGUGGAGAAAGUCUCCCUUCAUCUGUUCUUGUUGGCGCCAAUUCUAUAAGGCUGAAGUUCAUCUCUGAUGCCACAGAUUAUGCUACUGGGUUCAAUCUCACCUAUAAAGCGCUUAAACCAAACUACCUUCCUGAUUCAGGUUGCAGUGUCUUAACUGUCCUUUUUGAAGAAGGCUUCAUUCAGAGUCCUAACUACCCUGGAAACUACAGUGACAUGGCCAACUGUAACUGGAUUUUUCAAGCCCCCAAACAUCACCUAAUCGAGCUUUCGUUUCAGAGUCUGGAAAUAGAAGAAAGCGGAGACUGCACUUCUGACUACGUGACAGUGCACAGCGAUGUAGAAAGGAAGACGGAAAUAGCGCGGCUGUGUGGCUAUAUGGUCCCCAGCCCUGUGCUCAGCCCCUCCAGCGUUAUGCUCAUCAGCUUCCGGUCGGAUGAAAAUGGGACCUGCAGUGGCUUUCAGGCUACAGUCACCUUCAUUCCCAAAGCAGAUUUAAACAUCUCCACCAACUUAGAGGAUGAAUCAAUAUUUCUGGAGACUUGGAAUGUGCCAACUAGAGAAAUCAAUGCUUCUGAUGAAGAUUGGGGUGAUGAAUUAUCUUCAAGCCAAGGAACACCAAUGACUGCCAGCCCCACCAGAAGCUAGGGGAGAAACAUGGGACAGAUUCCUCAUCACAGCGCUCAGAAAGAACCAACCAUGCUGACACCUUGAUCUUGAGCUUCUAGUCUCCAGAGUUGUGUGACAAUAAAUUUCUGUUGU